AUGCGCCUUACAAACAGGCUGCUGCAGCAAUGCAGAAUCACACUAUUCACCAGAGAACACUGUGGUCUCUGUGUCUCAGCCCGGUCAGUCCUCUCAGAUGUAUGGGACACACGGCCGUUUGUCUUCAAGGAGGUCGAUAUUGUCAAGCCUGAAAAUAAGACUUGGAGAGAGUUGUACGAUUUUGAUGUUCCUGUGAUACACAUCAGCAGGGCCAGCCAACCUGAAGAGGACCCAAAGCUUGCCUCCAAGGCCCUGAAGCUUAUGCACCGGCUCACACCUGAUCAAGUCAAGGCUAAGAUGGAUGAGGCUGAAAAGGCGUAG